AUGGCCACUCCUCUAUCCGUCUACUCCUUCUUCAUCUUCGACCGCCACACCGAAUGCAUCUACUCCAAACGCUGGACCACACCUCCCUCCCAAACCUCCCAAACUCAACGCACAACCCACGGCUCCCUCCCCAAUGGCACCACAACCACCGCGAUAUCCUCGAAACGCGCCAACAAAGACACAAACGAUGCCAAACUAAUCUUCGGCACAAUCUUCUCCCUCCGCCGCAUGGUUCGGCAACUCGGCGGCCAGGACGAUCUCUUCCUCUCCUACCGUACCGGCGAGUACAAACUGCACUACUUUGAGACGCCGACGCAGUUGAAAUUCGUCAUGUUGACGGACACCCGUGUGGGGAGUAUGCGCACGGUACUGCAUCAGAUUUGGGCGACUCUGUAUGUUGAGUAUGUGGUGAAGAGUCCGCUGGCGCCGGUGGAACACAAGGCGGGAGUGGGAGUGGCGAAUGAGUUGUUUGAGGGGGGUUUGGAGAGUUUUAUGAGGUCGAUAUUCUCGAUACCGCAGUGA